AUGGAGCCCAAGGGAAAUGUCUUUGCAACAAGUAAUGGGAUUCAAAGUGGAAGGUCAUUGUACUAUGAGGGAGGAAACAGUGAUCAACUUCAUACCGGUGAAAGGCAAUUUGAAGAUGUCUCUCGAGAAGAUACGAUUGAUGACUCCUCUUGGGAGGUUAGAGGAGAAAGAAAUGAGAACCACGGGUCAGCAGAUCUUGAUCCUCUAGUUCAAUCUAUCUAUACACUCCAAUCAGCAAAAGAAGCACUAGAAAAAGAGGUACUCAAGUUUAGGGAAGUAGGAACAUUAGAUGGUGCUUUUAAGGACUUACCUGCAGAUUUCACUUCUAACAAUCUGAAACUUGAGUUGAAAGAAGCGGCGAACAGAGAAUACACAGGAACAGAACUUGAGGACCUCUUUAGGCUGAAAAUUGAAGCUGAAGUUGAAUAUUUGGCAAUAUCAAAAACUGUCCAAAAGUUGAGAGUUGCAUCAGUGGAUCGAAUCAACCUUCUGCAAGAGAAAACAACUCAGGCUUCAGAGCAAGUCCUGAUGCUGAACAUGCUUGAGAAUACAAAAAACAAGGCCACAAUUCUUAAAAAAGAAGCCGAGAAGUUGGUGAAUUCUUUUGAAGACGUUGCUUGUGCUGAUGAGAAAUUGAAGCUGGAGAUGGGGAUAUGCAAGUACACCUCAUGUUUCUUAGUACAGUUAGUAAUAUUGGUACUCGUACUGGGAUUCUUUAUUUUCCAUAUUUCUCAAAAUUACGCUGGGGUUGUUCCCACUUAG